GAGGGCAAUGGCGAUGGCAAUGGAGAUAAUUCCAGGUCUUCCAGAUGAGAUUGGGAGACAGUGUUUGCUAAGGGUGCCAUUAACCUCACACUACAAGCUGGCCCGUGUCUGUAAAACUUGGAAACAUAUUGUACACAACCCGCUCUUCUAUCAAGACAGAAACAGGUAUGGCCUGUCUCAAAAUUUGAUCAUACUACCUUGCUGGGAAUAUACAAAAAAAAGCUGGAGAAUAAAGCUUUACGACCCCCUCCAAAACUCGUGUGAAACCCUGCCGCAAUUUCACUUUAAAUUUCCAUAUCUUCCAGGUUGCUCUUACCGUGUUUCCUUGGACAACAAAUUGUUCGUCAUAGGCCUUCUUCGCGACAACUUCACAAAUGCACUUGUCAUCUACAAUUUUUCCUCUGGAAAAUGGAAGCGUGGCCCUAACCUUCCCGACGGCAGAGAUUACUCGUGCUGUUUGGUGGAUUCAGCUAACGGAUUGAUUUACAUUGCUGAAGGAUGGGAGGAUGAUGGGAGGGAAGUGCAGACAACCAUAGUUUAUGAUAUAAAGAAAGAGAAAUAGGAGUACCUUCCUCCCAUGAUUUGAAGCAGACAGAGCGAGACGUGGCACAGUGUGUUUAGUGAUGGGAAGCUAUAUGUUCUCAGCCAUGUGAUGGGGCGGAUACAGAGUUAUGACCCCAACACACGACAAUGGAGCGCCAUAACCCUUUCCUCUCAUGUCUCUCUGUACCCUUCUUUUUCUGAAUUCCGCUGGAUUUAUCACGAUUUCCACGAAUCAAUUGUAGAAUGGAAUUAUCUGGUAAAGCAAUUUCUGCCUGUUCCUGGAAAAUGCUCAUUUAUAGGUGCCACAAUGUGGAAGCAGCAGAUAUUAAUGGCUGUAGAAGGUGAGGAAAAAACUAGGGCUUUUUAUCUGUUUGAGCCUUCAAUACCGGGAGAAGCAUGGAAAAAAGAAGACAACUGGACUCUGCUCACUACUUUGUCUGAAGCAGAGCUGCCAGACGUCAUUAAGAUUAGAGCUCUCACUUUGUGAUUCAAUUUUAGUUUGUUCUGAGUCUCUGAAUCUUCAUCAAGUUCAAGUUCAAGUUCAAGUUAAAUUUAGCAUGUCAAGAAGACUGGUGAUGAAGAAAUGGAUGAGUGAAGUUUAAGUCUGUUUUGCGAAAUAAAGAUUGUUGAUAUAAUUUUACAUAAAUAAAUAAAUGACAGCUUGUGGAGA